AUGACCAAUAAAAAAGAUCGUACCAGAAAAGUACAUCCAUCAGCUCCAAUCUAUUCUGAAUCAUCAUCGCCAUAUCCCUCAACAUCAUUUUCACAAUUUCCGCCGUCACAGUUCGUUGGUUCCAGUGUCCAGAAGCAAUAUCCUAGCAGCGAUACAUAUACGACAACAAACUGUGCUCCACCGUUACCAGAACGUGAACAAAUUGUUAUUGGUCGUCAUGCAGCCAGAUUUAAUAUUAAAAAAAAUCAUCUGCAGUCGACCAGAUGUAAAUCGCCAACCACCCAUAAACGGUUCAUAAAUCCGAUUGUAUCGGGUAAACGAAACUGUACAGAUAUUUCCUGUUGUUUUUUAUUUGUCAUAUUCAUUGUUGGCUGGGCAUUUGUCGCAUAUUUAGGUAAGCGUUUCAAGAACAAUUUUUCGAUAGAAAUAAGAAAUGCCUUUGAAAACAGAGAUGUUUUUGCAGGUUUUCAAUGGGGAAAACCGGAACGUUUACUGCAUCCAACCGAUUCGGCUGGCCGUAUGUGCGGUGUCGAAAAAAAGGGUUUCUAUGAUUUACGGUCAAAACCAUAUUUAUUUUAUUUUGAUAUUACUCGUUGUGCUUCCUAUUCAACUGUACUUGGCGGUUGUCAAACACCACAGAUUUGUAUUGAACGAUGCCCAUCUGUAACAUACAGUUAUCUACAGCUCCAAACAAAAACUGGUCAAGAAUUUAAAAAAUUAUUGUCAACAAAUGUGGUCUGUGAUGAAAGUGUUAAUAAAUCAAAUAUUAACAAUUUUAGUACCUUGAAAAAAUUUGUGGACAAUAGUACGUGCGCAAAAUAUAUAGUUGCUUCUGCUGAAGUUUUGGGUCGCUGUUUGCCAGGUUUUCUCAGCGAUACAUUUGAGAAAGUGGCAGAAAUUAGUAGAAGUUUCAAUGAAACUGGAACUGUUGGAUUGUUCGAUAAAGUUAAAAGCCUAAAAAAUAAUAUCAUUUGGUCCAAUGAACAUGUGGUAGCUACAUUGGCUCGACAGAGUAGUUUUAUUGAAAAGAUAGCUGCAGAUAUCAGUGUUACAUGGUGGCAUAUAAUGAUCAUGCUUCUUAUAACAGCUGUUAUAUCAUUUCUUUGGACAAUUAUUAUGCGCCUAUUUGGACCACUACUUAUUUGGGCUACAAUUUUCUUUGUUGUAACCUCUUUAACUGCAGGGUCCGGUUAUUGUUGGUGGCGAUUUAAAAAUUUAAAAGACGAAGGAGCAAUCAACGACUACAGUUUUUAUCCAAAUUUUGACGUAUAUUUUGAAAUGCCCACAACGUGGAUGAUCGUUGCUAUAAUCUUAACAAUAUUUGCUGCUAUUAUAAUAUUAGUGUUGUUAUGUAUCAGAAACAGAAUUACCUUAGCGAUUGCAUUGAUUCAAGAAUCAUCAAAGGCUGUUGGUGCAAUUGUAUCAUCGUUGUUCCUACCGGUAUUACUUUUCAUCAUUCAUAUCGCCAUAUUUUCUGCUUGGGCUGUAGUCUCAGUUUGGAUUGCAUCAUCUGGAAGCGAAAACUGUAGAAUACCGGACAGUAAAGGCAACUUAAAUAAUGGUACCGAAUGUGAUUGCUCAACUAUUGGCAUUAAUAACAGUACAACAAAAAUUUUGAACAGUAAAGAAUCAAUGUGUCAGUAUGUCAACCUGACACGAAACGAGAACCAGAUUCUUGUUAUGCAAUUGUAUAAUUUGAUUGGCUUUUUUUGGAGUAGUUGGUUUGCUUCUGCGAUAUGCGAUAUAACGUUGGCCGGUGCUUUCGCCAGUUACUAUUGGGCUUUCAACAAGAGCAAAGAUGUCCCGCCGUUUCCAAUACUAUUAGCUUUUCGGAGAGCUAUCCGAUAUCAUUUGGGAACAGUAGCAUUUGGAUCAUUGAUAAUAACAACUGUUAAAAUAUUUCGAAUAAUGUUGGAUUUUAUUGACCGAAAGUUGAACUCUAUGGAAAAUAAAGUGGCCAAAGCUAUACUGAAGUGUUUCAAAUGUUUAUUUUGGUGUGUAGAAGUGUUCCUGAAAUUCCUCACAAAGAAUGCUUACAUUAUGACAGCAAUUUAUGGUACAAACUUUUUCACCGCAGCCAAAGAUUCAUUUUCACUGAUAUGGAAUAAUGCAGUCCGAUAUGCAGUGUUGGUCAAAAUUACAGAUUUCCUGCUAUUUCUCGGCAAAAUAACAAUUACAAUUGGGAUGGGAGUGGUAGCUUUUCAUUGGUUCGCUGGACGUUGGGUUAUCCAAGGCCUACCUCAUAUAGAUCUUUAUUACUAUUUUGUACCAAUUUUACUGGUCGUUAUUGGUGCCUACAUAAUUGCCGAUCUCUUCUUUGAAGUCUACGAAAUGGCUGUCCGUACAACGUUUCUUUGCUUCCUAGAAGACGCCCAAAAUAAUGACGGUACUCCAGACAAACCUUACUAUAUGUCUAAAGAGUUGCGGAAAAUUAUGGGCAAAGAAAAUCAAUUUAAAUGUAUCACAAGAUAG